AUGGGAAUUCACGCCUUUAGCCGUGUUGAUCAUACUCUCCAAGUUCCGAUGAUCUGCCGACAAGUCCACAAGGCGCACUCCUUCGGCAUCUUCUAUGGAGCGAACCCAUUGGAUUACUCUUUCACGCUUGUGUUGUUAGAGAUUAUCUGUGUCCUCCUCACCAGUCGUGUCAUUCGUUUUCUUCUCAAGCCUCUCAAACAGCCUAGGAUUGUCUCCGACAUUAUCGGUGGUAUAUUCAUUGGACCCUCCGUUCUUGGCGGCAACAAGAACUUCGCCUCGUACAUGUUCCCCGACAAUGCUGCAUACGUGAUGAAAAAUAUUGGAAUAAUAGGUUUCAUGUAUUUCCUUUUUGUGACGGGUGUGAAAAUGGAUAUCAGCCUGAUUAGAAAAUCAGGAAAGAAGAAUUGGUAUAUUGCGUCGGUGGGGGUGGCACUUCCCUUAACAACAGUUACAAUUGUGGCCUUCAUGUUGAGGAAGUCCAUGGACAAGGACCUUGCAAAGAUUUCUUCCAUUGGAGCAGUUUCUUCGUCUUUAGCUAUUACAACGUUUCCUGUUCUUUUUCCUGUCCUUCAAGAGCUAAACCUCCUCAGCUCCGAGAUCGGACGGAUGGCAUUAUCCACGGCGAUAGUCAGCGACACAAUUGGGAUCAACGCACUUCUUGCAUUCGAGGCAGCGAAACAGGGGGAAACACAAACAAUUGGUGCACUAUGGUAUAUGAUAUCUUUGGUGGUUUUACUGGUUUUUCUGGUCACUUGUGUUCGGCCAGUGAUGGAGUGGAUUAUCAAAAGAACGCCGGCAGGGCAGCCGGUUGAACAGGGCUAUGUGGUUGCAAUUUUGCUAGGGGUCUGCGUGAUCGGAUUUAUGACCGAUUUGUUCGGCAUCGCCAUCGCGAACGGACCGCUGUGGUUGGGGCUAGCGAUUCCCGAUGGCCCUCCGCUAGGAACAACGCUUGUGGAGAGGUGUGAAACAAUUGUGAUGGACAUUCUAAUGCCGUUUUCAUUUGCGUUUGUGGGAUUUUACACUGAUGUGAAUGUGAUGAGUGCCGUUGGGUGGUCGGGGUUGACGCCACUGUUUAUCAUGGCUGUGGUUGGUUACAUGUCCAAGAUAAUUGGAACCUUGGUUCCUGCUGUCUUCUUUGAUGUGCCUCUCAGAGAUAGUCUCACUUUGAGCCUCAUUUUGAGCUUGAGAGGCCAAGUGGAGCUUAUUUUAUAUAUCCAUUGGAUGGACAAAUUGAUAAUAGGGCAGGCAGCUUUCACAAUGAUGGUGUUAUUAACAAUAGUGGUGACUGGAAUUGCUACACCCUUAAUCAACAUGCUCUACGAUCCAACAAGGCCAUACAUGGUGACUCAAAGGAGAACUAUUCAACACAUCCCUUUAGAAAAAGAAUUUCGAACAUUACUUUGCAUACAUGAUGAAGAAAGCGUGGCUGGGUUCAUCAAUCUUCUUGAGGCCUCAAAUCCAAGUGUUAACUCACCAUUCUCCAUCUUUGCUCUCCACCUCAUUGAGCUUCUCGGCCGUGCUACGCCGAUGUUUAUAGACCACGAUUUGCAGGAAGUGCCUUCCCAAUACAAGGCCUUUGACACCAUCCACAAUGCCCUACAACUGUAUCAGGAAAGCAUGUGUGAUUUUCUCAAGCUCCAUACAUUCACAGCCGUGUCACCAAAGCGAUCAAUGUACCAAGACAUUUGUAAGCUCGCUGUCGCAAACAAAGCUACUCUUAUCAUCUUACCUUACCACAACGACUCCUUUGAACAUCUCAAAGGCUCGCGAGUGGGUAUUCGAUAUGUGAACCUCAAAGUCUUAGCCCACGCGCCUUGUUCUGUCGGAAUUCUUGUUGACAAAGGUCAUUUCAACCAGUCGCUUUCAACGCUCUCCUUCCAACAUUGUUUCCACCAUUUUGCAGUGCUGUUUUUGGGAGGAGCAGACGCCCGGGAAGCGCUUGUUUACGCAGAUCGAAUGGUUACGAACCGUGAUGUGUCUCUCACUGUAAUUCGAUUCCUUCCUUACAACUAUGUCGGAGAUAUUGAGAUGGAGAAAAAGCUCGAUGAUGGGGUGGUGACGUGGUUUUGGGUUAAAAACGAGAGAAAUAAUCGGGUGGCUUAUAGAGAGGUGGUGGUGAGGAAUGGAUAUGAAACGCUUGCGGCCAUUCAUGCAAUGAAUCAUGAGUCCAUUGAGCUUUGGAUCCUGGGAAGACAGCAAGGGAUAAAUCUAUUCCUCCUUGAUGGAUUAACAGAUUGGAGGGAAAAUGAGGAACUAGGAGUGAUUGGGGACCAUGUUGCCUCAACGGAAUUUGGUAGCUCUGCCUCUGUGCUAGUGGUGCAACAACAGAUUAUGAGAGGACAUGGAACAAUCAAGAAGGCUGCAGCCUCACCAGGAAUGUUUACGUCCUGGUUUUGCUAG